AUUCGAAAGCCCCAGACAGUCCAAAGAGCAAGAAAGAAAACACAAUGGUUCCAACCACAUCCCCUGAGAAUGUCUCGUUCCCGUCGUGCAGUCUGAAACUCGCUGCGCAUUUCUAUCACCCUGCGCAAGGCUCUCCAGACAGAUCUGGAGCCGCUAUUGUCAUUAGUCACCCAUGGACUUCCAUUAAAGAGCAAUCUCCAGCAAACUACGCCCGCUUGCUCAGUCAAGUUGGCUUCUUCUGUCUCGCCUUCGACGCUGCAUAUCAAGGAGAAUCGGAGGGCGAGCCCAGAAACCUAGAAGACCCCUAUCAGCGGGUCGAAGAUAUAAAAUCCGCGGUCACAUUCCUCAUCGGGCGCAAAGAAGUCAACCCUGAGAAGAUCGGAGUGCUAGGUAUCUGCGCAUCUGGUGGCUAUGCACCGUUUGCCACGCAGACAGAUCUCCGCAUUAAAGCAUGUGCCACCGUCGCUGCCGUGUGCGUCGGCACCAUGGCCCGUCGAGGUUUCGAAAAGGACACCUCAAAUAUGUCCAUCUUGCAAGGUCAGCUUGAAAACGCGGCAAAGGACCGCAACAGCGAUGUCGGCGGUGAAAAAGUUCCUAUAGUUCACCUUCUGCCAGAGAAAAUCGAAGACGUACCGGCCGAUCUGCCUGAGCCGUUCAAGGACUUGGCCAACUACUAUCGCACACCAAGGGCGUAUCAUCCGCGAGCCACUAACACUUGUCUCCCGAGGAGUUGGGAUAUCAUGGCGAACUUUGAUGCCUUUCAUUUCAACGAAAUGAUUGCACCCAGGCCCCUCUUGAUGAUCACCGGCACGAAAGCAGCGACGAAGUGGUAUAGCGAGGAUGGCGUGGCCAAAGCGCGGGAGCCGAAAGAAUUAUACGUUGUAGAUGGCCUGACACAUGCCGAUUUGUAUGAUCACGUUGACGAGGCUGGGUCGAAGCUCGCCGAGUUCUUCAGAUCAGCGUUAGCUUGA